UACAGGUACAGCUGUAACUGAACACCUCAUAGCAGGUAGCGAGCGUAUAAAAGCCAUGACAAGAAAAACAGAAAGUCUUGUGAAUUACUUCAGUUGAAUUCUUCUCUGAAAGAGACAUUCUCAAGAAUUUGGAUCACGGUACUCCUUUCUCUUCUUCCGUGGAAACUUCUCCAGUGACAGAGCAGACACACGUGGAAUUGCUUUUACCUUAAGCAGGUAACAAACGCAUAUAGCUUAACAGGUAACCAGCUUGGUGUGAAAUCACAUUGCGCCUGCACUAAAGAUGCAGUCCAGUUUCCUGUCUGCGUGGCAUCUCAGCUUCAUGGUGGCAGUGCUGGCAGGGAGCUGCUGCUGUCAAGCUCUCAAGCCAACGAGAUACCCACUCUUCACCGACAAGCCUUUCCUCCUGGCCUGGAACGCACCCACACAGAACUGCAAGCCCCAAUACGGGGUGCCCCUCAACCUGGCAGUGUUUGAUGUGGUGGCCUCCACCAACGAAGGCCUAGUGGGACAGAAGCUCACCAUCUUCUACAAAACCCUUUUGGGACUUUACCCCUAUUACACCGACGAGGGGGUUGCCAUCAACGGGGGGCUGCCCCAGCUCGCCAACCUCAGGGAUCAACUGGCUAAGAUGCCAGAAGGGCUGGACAGAUACAUCCCAGAGCACAGAUCAGAGGGCCUGGCUGUGAUCGACUGGGAGGAGUGGAGGCCCCAGUGGGCCCGCAACUGGGGUGCCAAAAACAUUUACCGCAACGUCUCGUGCUCCAUGAUCGCCCAGAAGAACGUGCACUGGACUGCUGACCAGGUGGAGGGCGUCGCCCAGGAGGAGUUUGAAGCUUCUGCCAAGCAGUUCAUGCUGCAGACCAUAAGGACGGCCAAGAGCCUGCGGCCCAACCGGCUCUGGGGCUACUACCUCUUCCCAGACUGCUACAACCACGACUACAAGAACAGCCUGAAGGACUACACUGGCCGCUGCCCCGACGUGGAGAUCAGCCGCAACGACCAGCUGGAUUGGCUGUGGGAGGAGAGCACAGCCCUCUACCCCUCCAUCUACCUGGACCCCAUGCUGCGUUCCUCUGAGCAGGCACGCCAGUUUGCACGCAACCGGAUAGUGGAGGGCACGAGGCUGGCAUCGGUGGGGCAGGGGCUGGCACGACCGGUUUUCGUCUAUGCGCGGCCUUUCUACAAUGGUGGGAUGCAGCUAAUGAGCAAGAUGGACCUGGUCUAUACCAUAGGAGAAUGUGCGGCUCUGGGAGCCGCUGGCGUUGUCCUCUGGGGUAAUUUAUCGUACGCCAACAGCACUGCUAGCUGCAGGGUGCUGCAGGGCGCCUUGCAGGGGACGCUGGGGAGCUACCUGCUCAACGUGUCGACGGCAGCGCAGCUCUGCAGCGGCUCGCGGUGCAACCUGAACGGGCGCUGCGUGCGGCUCAACCCCAACACCAACACCUACCUGCACCUGAACGCCCGCAGCUUCCAGAUCACACAGGAGGGGGGCAGCCUGGAGGCGAAGGGGGAGCUGAGCUCCGCUGACAGGGACGACUUCCGGAGGGACUUCAUCUGCCAGUGCUACAGCGGCUACAGCGGGGACUCCUGCGGGGUUCCUAACGGUGCCUGCGGCUUGAGAGUCGCUGUCAUUGACCUGCUGGCUGUGACGUUCCUGCUGGUUAUCCUGCAGAGACACCAGACUGUUUAACUGUGCCAAACGCUGCCUGGAACCUGCUGGCUGUGACGUUCCUGCUGGUUAUCCUGCAGAGACACCAGGCUGUUUAACUGCCUUAAGAGCCUCACCAGGUGAAAGUGUAACCCCCUGUCAGUUCUGCUUUCAAAAAUAGAUAAUAAUAAUUAAAAUAAAUAA